CGUUUUACUGGCCUUAUAAUUUUAGCGUCUGUUGUUGCGUGCAAUGCGAAAUAGUAAUUAGGAUUUUAGUAAUGUCGAAUUCAGAGGAAUGUUAUCCAGAUUUAGAGACGUGGUGCCGCCUUUGCCUAAAAGAGCUUAAGGAUCCGCACACAAUAUUUGCGGAAGACGACACACAGCCUUCAAUUCCGAUGCGCUUAAUGGCGUGUCUCUCAUUGGAGGCAAAAUCAACCGACGGAUUGCCGAAAAAGAUCUGCGGAGAUUGCCGCUACCAGUUGGAGAAGUCGUUUCUCUUCCGGCAACGCAGCCAAGCGGCUGAUAAGAAGCUCCGCAAGCACAUCCGCUUGGUCAGUAUGGGUAAAAAGAGUCGCGUCUUUGCCAAAUCAGUGGAUAACGAAUCCGAUGAAGAUGAGCUGGAGUUCGAAGAGUCGAUGGCAUUUAUCGAAAAACUGGAAAUGCGGUACGAGAAAAACUCUCAAAAAUGGCAGGAAAAGGUAAAGCUGGAAAUGGAAAAGGAUUUUGAAAGUCGCCUUGAUUCCGCGCGCGAAGACUUCUGCAAUGAAAUGCGCAAGCAACUGGCGGACGAGGUGCGAAAUGAUGUGCGUCAGCAGCUGCGUGACGAAGUGCAAGAGGAGAGCCGCAAGGAGCAGCUCGUCAAGCUGCUGGGUGAGCUUGAGGUCUUCUUGGCUGAGAAGAAAGCCGGUCUCUGGGAAACAUUGGGCGAGCUGCCAGUCGACUUGAAGCCAAAGAACGAUGAAUCGACUGUGGAAUCAACACCAAUACCAGCCCCCAUAUCUCUGCCCGCAUCGCAGACAAGCAUUGAUCAGCGUGUGACCAGAAAACGUGGCCGCAUCUCAUCGCCCGCACUUCAACAGAAGAAGCGCCGCCCCAAAGUAUCCGAUUCUGAAAGUGCUGAGUUUAUGAUUGAAGCCGAAUCCAAGGUUGAGGUAGUACCCACGGACGAUGCGGACAUGGAUGCAUCUGUCCCAGAUGCCAGUGAGGAUUUUCGUGAUAUAAAGAUGGUCGGUGCUGGAGAUGUGGUGACAAGCCAAAAUGGUGAAAUCUAUAUUAUAAAUGCCGCCUCGACGACAAACUCGACGCCCAGCUCCUCGGCAGAAUUUCAGCAGGAGAAGAAUAUCACAUCAUAUAAUAUUAAGGACAAUGGAGAGAUUCAGUUUACGGACGCCAAGUCUGACGAAAUCGGGGACGUAAUGGUCUUCAAUCUCGAUGAUGGCGGAGGCGACGAUCAGCAGUUGUAUGAGUUUAACGACAAUGUCAUUAUAUUGUCGAAUGAAAAGGUAAGCAGUGAUGUCACGACGCCGCCUACAAGAUCAAAACGUGACUUAGUGGUGAAGCGGGCGCCACGCAGCUCGAAGCCAACUGUGGGCCGCGUCAGCGAUACGCUGAAAACGUUCCAGUGCCAGCUGUGCCCCAUUUCGUUUGCCACGGAGAAGACAUUGUCGCGCCACCUGAGCACGCACAUCAAGACGCUGAAGAACGGCACAGGUGGCGCACUCAAGUGUCCCGUCUGCCAACUGCAGCUGUCCUGCGCCAGUUCGCUAAAGCGUCACAUGAUCAUUCACACCGGACUAAAGCCAUACAAAUGCGAGGAGUGCGAGUUGUCGUUUUCGCAGCGCGAGGUGCUUAAGCGUCACAUGGACACCCACACGGGCGAGAAGCGGCAUCAAUGCCCCCACUGCGAGACCUGCUUCGCCCAGAAGACCAAUCUGCAGCAGCACAUCAACCGCAUGCACCUGGAAGGGGAGCGCCAGCACAAGUGCCAUCUGUGCAAGCGCAGCUUCAAUCAUGUCUCGGGCCUGAGUCGCCACCUGGUCGCGCACGCUGGCGUCACGUUUGCAUGCAAGGAGUGCGGACGUCAGUUCAACGAUCGCAGCGCCGUGCAGCGACACAUCCAGAACGUCCACAAGGUCAAGGACACGGGCGGCGAUUGCGCAACGGACGGCAAUGGAAAUGAAACGGAAUUUGAAUAAUGUUCUAAUUGUAUUUGAGCACUCUCUUAAUUACUUAAGUUUUUAUCCCGACAAUCCCAUUAGCAUAAUUGAAAGUAUUUUCUGUGUGUAGAUUUUAAACAUUUUACUCAAUUUUAUUCGAAAUUUUCCAAGUGCUCAAUUUUAAGUUUGGCACUAAGCAAGCACAUUUUCUGCAUCUUUCUUGGUUUGGAACAGUGGAAGAAAUGUAUGCGAAAAAUAAAUGUUUAGCACGUAA